AUGAAGUUGCAUAGACUAGGGAGAACCUCCUUUAGAGCUGUCAAAUCUAAGCGUGACUACUUGAGGCAUCGCAGUAGUUUCAGCUGGUUGUAUCUCUCCCGUCUUGCCGCUCUCAAGGAGUUUGCUUUCAUGAAGGCUUUGGAAGAACAUGACUUUCCAGUUCCAGAAGCUAUCGACUGCAAUAGGCACUGUGUUAUCAUGUCUCUUGUGCAGGGAUACCCCAUGGUUCAGGUGAAGCAGUUACAGAAUCCUGAGACAAUUUUUGAGAAGAUUAUUGGCAUUGUUGUUCGUUUAGCCGAGCAUGGUCUAAUCCAUUGCGACUUUAAUGAAUUCAACAUCAUGAUUGAUGAUGAAGAGAAGAUUACGAUAAUUGACUUCCCACAAAUGGUAUCUGUUUCACACCAAAAUGCACAAAUGUACUUUGACCGGGAUAUUGAAUGCAUCUUCAAGUUUUUCAGAAAAAGGUUUAAUAUGUCUUUCCAAGAAGCUAGAGAUGAAUUAGAUGAGACAGAGGUGGAAGUGGAUGAGAACAGCAGACCAUCUUUCUAUGAUAUAAUGAAAGAUCCCAAUGCUCUGGAUAGAGAACUAGAAGCUAGUGGUUUCACCAAAAAGGAGCAGAAUGACCUCGAUAAAUUUAUUGAAGGUGGGCUGGAGAAGAGUAAAGAUUCUGAAGAGGAUGAGGAAUCUGAUGAUGAAGAGCAGACUGUUGAGUCAAUUGAAGAAGGAAACCUAAAUGAAAUGAAAUCAUUACAGUUGCAAGAAGAGGAGCAGAAAUGUUCAGAUGGCGUUGAGCCAGAAGCUGAGUUGGAUGAUAAUGAGAACAGCGAAAGCAGUGGAGAUGAAAAUGAAGCUGGAAGAGAUGAGGAGCUAGACAAAAAACUGGGGAAGCAAAGACGCAGAGCCAUGGCAGCAGCCAGGGGAGGUAGAAGAUCGCAGUGUUCAAGAAACACAUACAAGGACAAAGGUGGCCGUUCCCAAAACUCCAAGCUCCACAACAACAUGACCGGCUGGUGA